AUGAGCCUUCAACAGCCCCUCCAACCGCCUCAGGCGCCUCCCCUUUUCACCGCGACGCCCACCUCGGUUCUCCAAGCCACCGAACGUCUCAUUCAGCAUCUUCGUUUGGUGCAGAGCCAGAUAAUCGAUCAGAUUCGGUCAGAUAACGCGACGUUUGCUAAUGUUAUUCUGCCGCUUGUGCACGCCGAGAAUUCCUUGGCUCGUGAAGCCCACGUGCUUAUUUUCUUCAAGUCCGUAUCCCCCGACCUGGAGCUGCGCGACGCUUCGAGAAAAGCUCAGACGCUGCUUGACGACUUCAUGGUGGAGACGGCCAUGGACAAAGCCAUGUUUAGGCUGAUCGAUGCCGUGCUGCGGAAAAACGAGGAUCUAGAUCCGGAGUCUCUGCGACUGCUGAAGAAGAAGCACAGUGAGCGUGUCCGGAACGGCUUGAACCUGCCGCCUGGGCCGCAGAGGGAGCGCUUCGCUGAAAUCAAAAGCCAACUGAGCCGACUGACUGUUGAGUUCCGGGAGAAUUUGGACGAUGCAGAUGGCGGGAUGUGGCUUACCCCUGAGGAGCUGGAUGGGUUGCCCGAAAAUGUUGUUUCACAGCUGGAAAAUGGGCAAGGGGAGAACAAGGGAAAGUUAUUGGUAUCUUUUGGCCCCCCGUCCUUCUACCCGACCCUCAGGUUUUUGAAGAGGGCCGAUGUUCGCAGGCGCUUCCACAUUGCCGGCCACAACGAGUGUAACCAGAAUGUGGCGAUUUUCCGGGAGAUUGUGGUUCUUCGCGAUGAAGCCGCUCGUCUUCUUGGGUAUCCUAGCCAUGCGGCAUUUCGCCUGGAGGAAAAAAUGGCCAAAACCCCCGAAAUUGUUAAUGCCUUCUUGGAUGACCUGCGAUUGAGACUAGCAGCCGGUGGCCAGCAAGAGACCGAAGCCUUGCGGCAGCUCAAAAAGCGGGAUGUCGAAUCUCGAGGAGAAUCGUUCGACGGCCGAUUCUUCGAUUGGGACUUUUCAUAUUACAAGCGGGUGAUGCUAGAGACGCAGUACUCGGUCGAUCAGCAUAAAAUUGCGGAAUAUUUCCCCUUGCAGGCUACUAUUUCCGGCAUGCUGUCUAUGUUUGAGAAACUGUUUGGUCUUGUUUUCCACGAGAGCGCAAAGGUCCUUUCUGGAAAUGGUCAAGAAUAUGUAUGGCAUGAGGAUGUUCAGCUGUUCAGCGUCUGGGACGAUGCGAAGCAAGGUGGUGGGUUUGUCGGCUAUCUGUACUUGGACCUUUUCCCUCGUGACGGGAAAAACAGAAGUCCGGCCAACUUCAAUGUGAUACCAGGCUUCAGUCGGGAGGACGGUACUCGCCAGUAUCCUGCAACGGCGAUGGUAUGCAGCUUUGCCAAACCUACGCCCCAGAGUCCCAGCCUACUGAGGCACGAUGAAUUGGUCACCCUUUUCCACGAGCUGGGCCACGGCAUCCACGAUCUUGUAUCGAAGACCACAUACGCUUGCUUUCAUGGCACAGAGACUGCCUUAGAUUUCGGUGAAGCUCCCAGUCAGAUGCUCGAGAAUUGGUGCUGGGUGCCAUCUCAGUUGAAGGCCCUGAGCAAACAUUACUCGUCCCUUUCACCGGAAUAUUUACAAUUUUGGCAGUCGAAUUCAAACGGAGGUCAGAUACCACCGCCCGAGCAGAUGCCGGACGACAUGAUCGAGAGCCUGACCAGGUCAAGGUACGUGAAUGGCGCUUUGUUUCAUCUGAAUCAGCUCAGCAUCUGCAUUUUCGACAUGGCGGUCCACAACCCCGAGAGCCACGCCGCGAUAGAAAAAAUGAAUAUUUCCGCGAUGUACAACAGGAUACAUAGCGAAAUAUACCCGCCAGAUGGCCCCGAGGCUGUGGGCCACGGCGACGAAUGGGGCCACAAUUAUGUCCGCUUUGGACACUUGGUCAAUGACUACGACGCGGGAUAUUACAGCUAUUUAUUUUCAAAGGUGUACUCGGCGGAUAUGUUCCACACUGUCUUCAAGGCGGAUUCAAUGGACGCAGAGGAGGGUCGGAGAUAUCGAUAUGCCGUCCUGGAAAAGGGAGGCAAACAAGAUGAGAUGAAGACCUUGACAGAAUUUCUAGGCCGGCAGCCCAAGACGGACGCAUUUCAAUUGGAGCUCGGUCUAGCGUGA